AUGGACCGCGGCCAGCCCAGCCCGGAGCCCGCGGCAGCGGACCCCGUCGCCCCCCGCCCGAGCGUGGUCGCGCCCGUGCGCGCCGUGGUCCGCCUGCGCCGCCGCGUGCGCCUCCUGCGCAAGCGGUGCCUCCCGCCUCCGGCCGUGAGGGUGGACUCCGAGCCCCGGGCGCCGCGAGCGGACCCGUACCGGCCGCAGUUUUUCACUUUCGACGGCCCGGCGGAGCUACCCUCGAGGCCGCCGCGAAAGAAGCGCCGGCGCAGCCGCGUGGUGCUCUACCCCGAGACGUCGCGCAAGUACCGGCCGCGCGCGGAGCGCCGGAGCCGCGCGCAGCGUUGCCUGUUGCUGCUUGUGGCCAUCGUGGGCUUCCAGGUGCUCAACGCCAUCGAGAACCUGGACGACAACGCGCAGCGCUAUGACCUUGACGGGCUGGAGAAGGCGCUGCAGCGGGCCGUGUUCGGCCAGCCGGCGGCCGUGCGGCGCGUCGUGGCGCUGCUGCGGGACUACCUGGCCACGCACGUGCACAGCCGCCCGCUGCUCCUGGCGCUGCACGGGCCCAGCGGCGUGGGCAAGAGCCAUGUGGGCCGCCUGCUGGCGCGCCACUUCCGCGCGGUGCUUGAGGACGGCGCGCUCGUGCUGCAGUACCACGCGCGGCACCACUGCCCCGAGCCGCGCGCCGCGGAGGACUGCCGCCAGGAGCUGGCGCGGCGCGUGGCCGACGUGGUGGCGCGGGCCGAGGCGGAAGAGAAGACCCCGCUCCUGGUGCUGGACGACGUGGAGCUCCUGCCGCCGGCGCUGCUGGAUGAGCUGCACGGUCUCCUGCAUCCGCAGCGUUCGCACCACUUUCACAACGCCAUCUACGUGCUUCUCAGCGGCAACGGCGGCGCGGAGGUCACGCGCUUCGUGCUGCAGAACGCGUCCCGCACGCUGGCCCUGCGCCCAGACGGCGCCCACGGGGCCGCGGCGGUGGCGGCACAGGCCGAGGAUGAGCUGCGCGCCAACCUGAGGGCGCUCCUGGUCCGCGAGCACCCGCUGUGGCAGGCCGCGGCCAUCGUGCCCUUCCUGCUGCUGGACAAGGGGGAUGUGGUCAACUGCUUCCGGGACGAGAUGGCCGGGGAGGGCUUCUUCCCGGAGCAGGCCCGCGCCGAGCUCCUGGCCGCGCAGCUCAGCUACUACCGCGUGGCUGGCCGCGAGUUCGCCGUCACUGGCUGCAAGCAGGUGGUGGCCACGGUGAACCUCUUGUAGCGCAGGCGCCGCCGGACGCAGUGGACGCCCAUGGGCACGACGGGACGUUGGUUUGAUAGUGGCAGUUGGAGGGAGGGGACCCUGUGGAUUUGCCCCAGGCCUCUAAGCCCCAAAUAAAUCUGUCCAUGGCCCUCCGCCGGUUCACACUGGGACCUGGGGGGACCGUUGGGGCUGGGUCAGCUCUGAGCUCCUCUGCCAAUUCCAAUCCCCCUCAGAGCCCCAAUCUGCCACCUGCUGGUUCUUAAUUCAGCCUGCAUUCUUCAGCGCCAGUAUGUCCCACAGGGCUGGCUCCUCAGGAGUGGGUAGGUCUGUCCCCGUGGGACAGAGGAUAGAUGACGACAGAGCGGGUGAGCAGACCCCAGGGACACACAGCUGGUCCCCUGCAGAGUCGGAUGUGACCACGACUCGUUCGGGUGCCUGCAGCAGGCGAACACACGCCUGCUCACCCCGGGGGCCUAAAGUCCCGGAUGCUUCUCCACUGCAAGAAUCCCGUGGGUCUGCCUGGACUUCUCAUGGCAUCUUGGGCCCAGGAGCUCCCCGGGAGGCAAAGGGGUGGGUGGGGGGCUCCACUCAAUGAGCUGGUCCAGUGGAAUCCCCUGAAUGCUCCGGACGGGGGACUCUCUCAGGGUGACAGCAGUCGGAGGAGGGUCCAAGUCGGGGUCCCUGACCUCCUGGAUCCCCCUGCGCUGCCCACUAACCUGCUCCAGGGUGCUGAACUCGGGGGAGGCCUGUGAGUAGGGAUGCCUCAGACCGCAGAGGUCCACUGCUUCCCAGGCCUGGGGUGGGGCCUCAUGCUUGCCAUCCUGGCUUCUCCCCAACCCUGGCUCUGCAGGCUCAUGUCUCCCCGAGCAGGACUGCAGGAGCCGUGCUGGCUGCCUGGGGCGGGUGAGCGCCAAGCCUCGGG